AUGAAGGAGCUCUAUGCUGAAUACAUCGGGAAACCUGGCGUCUACCUGGGGCUCCUGGAUUUAGCUCUUCUUGCAUUACACUCGAAAUCAGACGUGGCUAUCCUUUACUAUGGUUCCGAGAACCAGAACCCCCGUAGGUUGGUGGAUCUCCUGAGUGCAUUCCUGGAACAAAGUGACUGUGACAACGUUGAUCUUGCCUCUGUCUUCCCGAUGCCGGACAGUGCACUACAUGGGGACCUUUGGUACAUGAUUGCAUGCAGGGCAGACUGGCGACAUGCUACACAAGUGAACGAAUGCAACCAUUGGGUCCCUGCCUUCCACAAGGAUGACAUGAAUGAGGCCAAGUGGAACCUGCACAAAGCUACUUUAGAAGCCCAGCUAGCUGCGGAAAUCGAACGUACAGCCAAAGAAUUGGCCAAGCUUGCUCAAAGUUCUGAACAACUAGAAGAAGACGAAGGUGUGGCCGAGUCACUCUCCGCUCAGUGGGUUAGCUUGGAGCAGAAACAAGCUUUCCUGAAUGCCAUGCACAGCAGGGACCUUAGCCGAGAUUUUGUCUCAGCAGACGGAAACUGUGGAAUUUGGUCAUUUCUCGCCCUCAAUGCGAGAGAACCGGGCACUACACUUUCCAAAUCUGAAAUGAAGGAGGAGUUGACCAACCUGUGGAAGAAAAGCGCGAAAGAGCCCGUGUGGCAAAAACUCUUCUUUGCCUUCGGCUUGGACCGAGAAGUUCCUGUGCAGGUCAAUGCCAAGCAAAGCCGUGAUCCCAGAACCCCAAGGACCUCUCGCCGGGGACCCCGCAUACCUGAUGCAGACAAGCCCACGCCGCCGGGCAAACCGACGAGUACAAAAGCUGUGGGAGCUUGCCGGCCAGCGGCUUUUGGCCAACCCAAAGCUCCAGAGCCAAUUUUGGUGCCUUACAUUCCCAACAUUCCCAAGAAGCGCAAGGCUGCGCCACUACUGGAGGGUGAAGAUCCCGACCAGCAGGAGGAUGACGAUGACUCUGAAGCUGAGGAUUUGGCACCGGUUCGCAUCACACGUGCGAAACAUGGACGAGUAGGGAGGAAAAAGGUGGUGGAUAGCAGGCAGCAACAUCUGAAGAGGACCAGGACCUACUUGAGCGGCAUCGGCAUAACUUGGCCUGCCUUUCAGAAGAUUCAUGCGAGGAUGGCGCCUUUGAAGAAGGCGGGCAUUUGCACAGAAGAUGGGUUUGUCUCUCUACAGCAGAAGCUACUAGACCGCAAGGAGAUCAAAUGCCCACCGUGCUUGCAGCUGCUCCAGAACUAUGGGUACAAGUGCUCUGAUCAUUUUCAAGAACUAAAGCUUGAAGUUCCUGCCGAUGAACCUCAAGAACGCGGUCAAGACCCCGAGCCUGACAAAGCCCCGGGGGAUGAUGAGAAGCCAAGUAAGGAGACCUAUGAGGAGAAGAGAGAGAGGCGGAGACGUGAGUUCAACAAUGACCCAUGGGCAUUGGUUCGAAGCGAGGCACCUACGAUCACCCUUUUGCCGCCUGGCUCCUUUCGGAGGGCUUACCCGUUCCGAUGCAGUGCGUGCAAAACCAGACGAUCACCUGAUGGGAAGGUCGGAGACCUAUGCCAAGCUACCUUCAAUGCUGUGCAUUGGUUCUUGUACCAGCACUUGGAUUGCGACGCGCACAAAAAGAAGGUCGCCAGUCUGGCCGGAAAGUUGGGCGCUCGCGCAAAGCCCUUGGAGGUUGUGGAUUGCUCUGGGCUUUGCAUCUCUGAUGUGAUGGUGGGGGGGAAGGUGUACAAUUUCAAGGAGGAGUUCAACCUUUGGCUGUCCAUGAGCAAACCAAACGCACAGCUCGGCACAGAUCAUCACAAGUACUGGUUUGACAAAGGCUUGGACAGCUGGUUUGCGAGAUCCAAGAGUUGCAAGCUGAGAUGUGAGAAGUUGCCCGAACAGGACAGCGCAAUCUGCACUGAAUGUGAGAAGCUUGGUUCAGCCAAGUCCAUUGUCAGACAUGCUCAGCGCUUUUCCUACAAGUACUACCUUGCCCAUCUCUUGACCACACGCAUUUUCCAUGAGGAGCAGGAUGUAGAGGCCGCGUUGUCCAAGUUGAAGGGCUCAGCGCUGUACCGCACAGCAUGGAAGAGCAAGUUGGACAUUGCGAUAGACCUGGAUCUUCCCUCAUUGCAGCAGAUUGUGCGGGCAUCCUUCCUUUCGACCAACGACCAUGCCAGGAGCUCUCUGUUGAUCGCUUUCAUUGCGACUACCGUGAUCCCUGCUUGCCGCAUCAAUGUUGCAACUGUUCCUGCGCGCAUGGCUUCCUUGUGCGCCAAGUUUGCGGCGUUGAUUUCUGCAAAGCAUGUGGAUGACCAACAGAUGGCGCAACUGAAGGUUGCAAGCGCGGCGCUGCAUGGAACCUUCGAUUCCCAUCCUCUGAUAUUGGGGCUUUCGCUCCAAUGCAAGAGAAUGUGUGACAAAAUCAAGCGUGGAGUGGAGAGUAUGGUUGGCAGGAGAAGCCAGGAGAGCUCCCAUGAAUGCCAGCUGAUAAGUGAUGCGGGGAUUCAACUUGCAGCUGCCUCUGGCAAUUCACAUCUUGCCCGUGAAUUUGGGCUUUCAGCGGCGGCCCUCAGGACAAAGCUGGAUGAUUUGAAGCUCUACAACCUUCCGGUGCCAUGCCUUUCAGUCUUGUGGCCGGAGGAGCUUCGCCAAAACUUCGUGCUUGCCAACACGCGGUUUCCAAUGUUUCAGGGUCAGACCAAGCGACGCUUCUUUCUAGCGUUUGACGCUACGUACUUGAGCCCAUCACUUGCGCAGCUGAAGGUCCACGAGAAGAUUGGCAUGGUGGGGGGGUCCUACUUGGUGCAAAGCCCAGACCAUGCGUUCAUUCCAAUGGACGAAAAAAUGGAUUUGAGAAAGGUGCAGAAGUCGACUCAGAUGCUCGAAAUGCUGUUGUGGGACCCUUGCGGGCGCAGCAAAUGCCCAUUGUCCAUGUGCUCGCUGCCCGCAGAACAUGCAUUUGACAAGGCAUCAGAGCAAGGUUCGCUCUACAUACUGCACAGCGUUGGCCGGGUUUUGGCUCAGGCUGACAACUGCGUGAAGGCUUUGACUUUCGACAACCAUGGGAGUCACUUGCUGCUGCGGAGCAUCCUGUUUGGAGAAUGCAGAGACCGACUGCGCGAUGACUUGGCUGAUGUCCCUUUUUUCUCAUCCUUGCGGUUCCGGUCGUUGCCGGCCAACAGUUUACCUCGGGUUCCUGCGCAGAUAGCAAUGCAUGGCGAGGACAAUGAAGUGUUUUGGUGCAUCCCAGGCCACGCGAACAAGAACAGCGGAGGUCAGCUGACCUCUUCCCUCCGCACCAUUUUUUACGGAGAUCUGUUCGCCGACAUGACAGCCAGUCGGGAACAUGGAUUGCCACCUGCGGUUCUGGGGCGAGAAAAUCCAAUGUCAGAUCGCAUGCAGUCGCUCCUCUCCAAUCCCUUCUUUUUGGUCAGAGAUGUGGAUUGCGACCUGAGCAAGAUGCGGGUUCCUUGGGCCCUCCAGGGUGCCAUGUGCCACAAUUUGGUGGUAGCACUUUGCAUAGCGCCCUUGCUACACGGGGAUCUCUCUUUGGCAGAACGCUGCCAAGUGGCAGUGUCCGGCUUCUGCACAUUGGACCUCAUGCAGCUCCUGGCCAGCAGCAAGGCAUCGUCCAUGAACAUGCCCGUUGGUGCCUGUUUUAUGGCAAAACAGACAACUUCGAACCUACAGGCAUGUGCCCUGUCAUCCAUGGUGAUGACGUGCACGAAGCCAGAGGAUUGGAAUGGAUGGUCCCGGGGAUUUGCACGCUGCUCGGAACUGACCAUAGAGCAGUGGUUCGGUCAGCUUCGCGUACAGAUGGCCAGCGCGCAGUUUACUGCGCGGCAGUACUGGCAAGCAGCGGCGCGCCGGCUGCUGAGAACCGGAAAGGAGCUGAACCGCCUCAAGCCUCCUACGCGGGACCUGCAGAAGCCGCUCACUGAUGUUCAGUGCCUCGCUGUGACAGAUGGUAUCUUUGAAGCAGGUGGCAAUUUCGCGGUCUCAUUUGACGAACUAGAUGAUGAUGAGAUUGAAGAUGAAGCCGAUCUUCUCAAGCCAGAUGAGCAGACUGGUGAGGAUGAGUCUGCUGCCUUCAAACUCAUUCAGCAGGUGCGACAGGAGACGGCUGCAAUGGACCCAGAGAAUGAAGAGGAUGAAAGCAAGGACCAAACUGGUGAUGAUGUUGACGCAGAUCUCCUCGGGGCCAUGUCCUUGAGAGGAGACAUGAUGAACCGUCUUUUUCGCCUCUCGGUGCGGCUGCGAUGUGGAGCAGGGGGUGCUGACUCUGGCUUCCUCAAAAAUCCUCGCAACUGCCGGCGCCAGUCGAAGCAGUUGGAUCGCAGCCUAGCACAGAUGCGUGCUGAAAAGGAUAACCCAGAAUACAGGAGUCGAACUUCAAGGAUCCAGAAAUGGAUUGAAUGUGUCAAGAUUGCCCAGGAGGCCUUGAAAGUUCCUGUGGCGCCUCCAGAGCGGAUUAUGCCAGGGCUGGCGGUCCUUUUCACUGUGCCCGGGAACGGCCAGGGAAAUCGUAUCGAGGUUGGCUUCAUUACUUCCGUAUGGAAGGGAAUCAGCAAACCAAGGCAGACCGGCAGCGAGGUGCCAAUCGCAAGCUGCUUUGCGUUCAGGGCUUUGUCUUUGGACUUGAAUCCUGACAAGGAACCACCUGUGGAGUGGCAUUGCCAUUCCCGCUCAUUGGCAUGGGUGAGAAGGAUGGAAUCCCUGGUCACAAUCUUGGAUGUGGAACGCAGCUUUGAAACCGAGAAGGGCGAGUUUCACAUCAUUCUGUCGGAGGAGUCAGCGGCCGCGCUGGCACGCGUGGAAGAGAUCUCAGACAAACUUUGGGAUGUUGCUCCCACUAUGAGCAAACGAGGCCGCAUGGGACAGACGGAUGGCUUGGGCCCUCACCAGAAUGCUUCUGGAAAUGCAAAGCGGAAUCGGAAUCAGCGCGAGAGAAGACGCAAGCUGAGGGUGGCGAAACAGGACCGGAAGAUACUCAAAGCAGGUCAUGCCAGCGGCCAAGAGCAGCAAUUCACAGAGGAUUGCUGCCGCCGCAGUGAGGCCGGCAGGGCUGCAAUCAUAAAGUAUGUCAAGGAGCUCUACAACUUGGAUUGCAGUGCCUUUCCGAUGUCGCCUUGCUUCGAUGCCGACCACAAGUGCAGACUCAAACAUGAUUAUGCCAAGCAGCUGACAUGGACGGCUAUGUGCAGUGCUGUACCCCAAACUUUGGAAUGCACGUACCAUUUGGUGAAAAGUCCCCAGAUGUACGGAAGGGUUGUGUUCAAGCACUUGAACAUCAUCGAGAUGCAGCUGCGGAAGAGGCCAGCCAAGCGCUCUGGUUGGCUGCGUUUGUUGAGGGACAUUGCGGACUACAUGGCCGCAACUAAUGGUGAUGCAGAAGUUCCAGAGGGGAGCUGA